CGGUAGCACGCCAAUGCCAAUACCGAUACCAAUGCCGCGUCGUGCUCGUCCUCCGCACUUUUCCUCCGCGCGCGAGGCCACAAUACCAACGACAACCCUUCUCCUCCGCAUUCAAGCCGCAACGGGAACAUCGUAAGUCCUCCUUCCGAGCACGAUUAGGUGAAGCAUGGCGAAGCACACCCAUAGUCUGGAAGCCGAUCCCAGUCGGCCUGGGCAUUGCCUUUCUAGCUGCGUUCCAGUUCUACCGAAUCAACGAGCGGGAACGAAGGAGAGAAGAGGAAGCAUGGCGUCGCAGCAAAGAUGAUCCAGAAGACGAAUUUGACUGGGGAGACUUAGGCUCGCCCAAGCGCAGAGAACGCAUACGCCCCGCGGGACCAUGGAGUGUACAGAUCAUGAGUACCAUUCCGCUCAAGGCAUUGAGCAGAUGGUGGGGAUGGUUCAACAGCAUCGACAUACCCUACAGCUUCCGAGUGCCGGGCUUCAAGCUAUAUGGCUGGGUGUUUGGUGUCAACUUUGAUGAGGUGUCGGAGCCCGACUUGCACACAUACAAGAAUCUGUCCGAAUUCUUCUAUCGCAAAUUGAAACCCGGCGUGCGACCGCUGGAUCCUCAUCCAAAUGCCCUUCUAUCGCCCGCAGACGGCAGGAUUGUGCAAUUCGGCGUCAUCGAGCAUGGUGAAGUCGAGCAGGUCAAGGGCGUGACGUACAGCGUGGAUUCACUGCUCGGGCAGCAGCCUGCAAGCAAAGCUACGAGCAACGUCACAGCAACGGAAGGCUCCCCAAAGCCUUCGCAAGAAAGGACAAGAUUCGGUGACGAGGAGUCAAUUCACGAAGAUGCGGAAUUCGCUCGCGUGAAUGGCAUCUCUUAUACCUUGCCCAACCUGCUCUCGGGAGCUGCGUCAACGCCAAGAGGCAGAUCUUGGUGGAAGAAGCCCAAGCACCCUGAUCCAAAGAAUGCAGAUCCACAGAUGAGAGAAGGCGGAUCAAAAGAUCACCACUUGCCUCAUCCAGCGUCAUUGUCCGAUCAGUCAACGCCAUCGUCCAGCUCAUCCGAAAGAGAAGUGCAAAAGGAUCUCGAAACAGGACCGAAUGCACCACGACCAUGGUACUAUCCGGCUGCGAAAGAAGUACCAACCGCAUUAUACUACUGCGUUGUAUAUCUCGCGCCUGGCGACUAUCAUCGAUUCCACUCGCCUGUUUCAUGGGUUGUGGAAAGCAGAAGACAUUUUGCAGGUGAGCUGUACAGUGUCAGUCCUUUCCUAGUAAAGAACCUGCCAGGUCUAUUCACACUCAACGAGAGAGUUGUACUACUCGGUCGAUGGAAGUAUGGUUUCUUCAGCUACACGCCUGUCGGUGCCACGAAUGUCGGCUCCAUCGUCAUCAAUUUCGAUAAAGAACUGAGGACGAACAGCUUGCUCACUGACACCCUGGCGGACAAAGCCGCCGAGGAGGCUGCAGAGAGAGGUGAACCAUACUCAGGCUAUGCCGAGGCUACGUAUACUUCUGCCUCGCCUGUCCUGGGUGGCCACGCAUUACGGAAGGGAGAGGAAAUGGGAGGCUUCCAAUUAGGCAGCACCAUCGUCAUGGUGUUUGAAGCUCCAAAGGGCAAGAGGCCCAGCUUCGAUGAAGGAUUCAUUGGCGAUGGUACGAAGAGGAAAGGUGGUUGGCAGUGGUGCAUUGAGAAGGGCCAGAAAGUGAAAGUUGGAGAGAAGCUCGGCUUUGUCGACGAGGAAGAUCAGGACGGUCCUCUCUUUAGAGAAAAGCGAUAAAUCUGAGGGCACAAAAGUGCUGGAUGCACUGCCGGGGUUACAUCUUGGUGAGCGCUUUCUUCAAUGUACACAUUAAGCUCAUGUCUUGGUGCUUAGAUACCCAACUCAUGGACCGCAUUGCCUCCGUGU